CGGGAGCGGCGGCGGCGGCGGCGGCGGUCUGGUGGAUGGCAGUGGUGCUGGGAACGGCCCGAGGAGCCCUGGCCAGCAGAGGUAUGGAGCACUCUCAAGGACUGGUGAUUGUGGAAAAGAUGGAGAACGUCACAGCUCUGGCCGCCCGGUCGGCCAAAAUCACCUGCAGAACCACCAACUUGGCCGACCGCAAGGUGGCCUGGAUCCGGCGCACGGGUGCCGCCGUGCUGGCCGUGCACACCACGCGCAUCUCUCCCGACACGCGGAUCCGCGUGACGCACGAGAACGGCCGCACGUGGCACCUGCAUAUCGACAGCGUGCGGCCGGCCGACCAGGACUGGUACACGUGCCAGGUGAACACGCCCAACGUCACGCAGCAGCACGCCUUCCUCGAGGUCACUGUGCCGCCGGACAUCUCCAGCGACGGUAACAUGAGCGAGGUGACGGCGUUUGAGGGUGAGAACGUCACGCUCAUCUGCCGGGCGUCCGGGGUGCCGCAGCCGAACGUCACCUGGCGCAGAGAGGACGACCUGCCGCUGCCGGUCCACUCACCGACCCCAGUGUACACGAUGGGUGGCUCGCGACUGGAGCUCGGCGUCGUCAGGAGACACUUCUCCUCCGACUACUACUGCAUCGCCUCCAACGGAUGGCCGCCCGCCGUCAGCAAACGCGUCCAACUGCGCGUCAACUUCGCCCCGGAGGUGCGCGCCGCUCGCCGGGUGGUGACGGCCGUGCGCGGCCAGAACGCCAGCCUCGAGUGUGCGGUGGAGGCGUGGCCGCGCGGCCUGUGCUACUGGAGCGGCCCGCAGCCGGCGGCCGGUCGCUGGUCGCCGCGGCCCGGCGCCGUGCUGCAGGGCGGCGACCGGCUGCGGAUCGGCCUGCUGGCCGCGGCCGCCCACUACCGGCGCCGACUGGUGCUCACCGUGCACAGCGUGGCCGGCACAGACUUCGGCAGGUACCGGUGCGCCUGCGAGAACCCGCUCGGAGAGGCGCACGACACGGUCGAGCUCAGAGAUGUAACACCGAAACAAAGGCACCAGAGCGGCAGAAGGGGCGGCAGUUUCAGCAGCAGCAGCAGCAGCAGCAGCAGCAGCAGCGGCAGCAGCAGCGGCAGCAGCAGCCGGCCCCCCAGCGACCCGUACCGGCGGCGGCGGCCGGAGCCGGGGGGCUCCACCACACUCAGCCGGGGGACCGGGUACGGCGGUACCUUCCAGGAGAGGGUACCGUACUCCCAGACAGAGGACGAGAGCGCAGCGGAGGAGCGGCGACCCGCGGCGGGAGCGCCAGGAAUUACAUCAUUGCUGCACCUCCUGGCUGUGCCGAUUCUUCCUGUUAUUCUGCAUUGCACGACGUAGAGCCGGCCGGCUCGACAUGAGACGCCGCGCCCAAGUGGAGAGAGUGGCGGAGGCGGGGAGAGAGCGGCGGAGGAGGGCGCUCAUCGGGAUCGGACGCGCUGAGUGGCGCCUAAUGUGGACGCUAACGGGUGUAACGACACAUAUCUCAGAGGCUGGCGGCGAGCGUCGGUCGGCGGGCGUCCGCGAGCCGACACCGCCGCCGGCUCAGCGGGCCCUCAGCGGCGAGCGACGGCGGGCUGCGGCGAGGAAUGACGGGCAGGCAGAGAUGCGUGCUUCAUCCGGGGCUGCGGGACAACGUACCUUUGAGUAGAACGAAGAGAUUGAGUAAUUCAGGGAGCUCAAUGAAACCUAACACCAAAAAAUGUGUAAGGAAUACGUGCUUUCUGUUCUGGAUGCGCGCGGUGCGCUUUUGCUUUUAUUUUGUUUGCGCACGUGCGUAGGAAAGUUGAGGAAAGUUGGCACAAAUGUGAAUGCAGCUAUUGUUGUCUGGUUGUGGGGAUGCUUUCAAUCGAUCGUUAUUGAGCAUUAUCGUAUGGGAUAAUGCAGACUUGCCAGGCGGUUCUUCAUUCAAUUAAGAUCGCUAUCUACGAGUAUGUGCCACAAUGGAAGCGGUCUACCUGUUUUAUCAGCCAUGCACUGAUUCAUGAGAGCAUGAAAUAGCCCGUGUAAGGUGCAUCAGAGCUAGAGAGGAAGAUAUCUUGUUGUCAUCAACAACUAAUUAUUUCAUAAUAGGAUAGAAGAGUACAAUGAUAAUUUGUCAUUUAUUUUGAAUACCACAUCUCACAUGCUCGGCAUGCCUAUACGUUCCUGCCUUUUUUCAACAUCCCGUUGAUUUUAAUGCCAACCGUUCCACCUCAUGUCAACAAGUAUUUUUACAUGACAUGACCGACUUUGCUAUUUUUUUUGUGCUGGCGUAAGGGUUCUGUGUGUUGCGGUUUGAUAGUGUCAGUGGGGCGCUCUUAGUUGGUCACCUUUUAAUGAGGCGUAAAGAAAAAAUACAUCAGUCUACAGUCAUGGAUAUUAUAGCAGGUCCACAAACACACCCCAUAGAAGUAUACCUAAUUUAUUACACAUCACCUGUGCUAAGUUAUUCAUUUCCCUUUUCUUCUCAAAAUAUAUCGUUUUAUUCGUCAUGAAUAACUAUACAGUAGAAUCCGCUUAGUAAAUCCACCUUGGUGACACGGCGUUUUGGAUUUAUUAAGCGGCUGCUUUAUUAACCGGAGUUAGUUAUCAUUCCAUUGAGAAAUCCGUGAACAGCUCAAGUGGCCACAAUAAGCGGCUGGAUUUAUUGUCCGAGGAUUUAUUAAGCGGAUUCUACUAUAGGUACCAAAUGUUGAUCAUGGUGAGGUAUGCCUACAGCAAGGUGGGGUGAUCUUUUCCAUUAUCAAUCACUUCAUUAAGCGAUGUUGUAUCAUUUUAAUGAAAGUGAAUAGAUACGACCUAUAAGACCAGCUCAUAUAUACCAAAAUAUCUUACUGUCCAAUAAACUUCAUAUUUUUGCGCCGCGAAAAGAUGGAAAGUAAGAACUGAGUUCCAGCGACCUGUCAUCAAUACAUGUAUGUACCUAUAGCUGCGAUUGUCGCUGAUGAGUAAUGCAUGGCCAUCGCCCGUACCACAGUUGAGCAAUAAAUAUCAUCAAGCUGUUUAAAACCCAA